UAUUUUUAACAAUACCUAUGAUUCGAUAUUUUAAUAUAAAAACAUUAUUUAUUUAAUCAGGAAAUUAUAGUCUUUUAAGUCGUCCAUUCAUCACUACAACACGCACAUUUUGUUAUAGAACAACACGAACCGGUCGAAAAAUUCUAGUAUAUUUUACUUUAUUUCUCACCACUUGUCUAACACGAAUGAAUGGAUUAAAUUUUAAAAUGUUCCAAACUAAGGUUUAUGUAUAUCUUACAAAUAUUACGGACAACCGCCAUUUUUUAAAAUACGCCGUAACUUGAUUUCCUUCUUAUCGUCUUAUCGUUUCUGGGAUUUUUUAAUAUUUACAUCUUUUGAGUGAAUUUAAGCAUAGCAAUCUUGAAAAUUAUAACCACGAACUAUAAAGUAAGAACUUCAUAUUUUGUUAAUUUUCGUUCUUAAAUUAUAUGCCGCCAAAUAAAUACAUAAUAACAAAAAUAAAAUAUGUAUGUAUAUAUAAUGUAUGUUCCGUUUAUAGUUUAAACACUUAUAUCUACUUUUUCAGCAGGGCAUUUUCUACAAAAUAUUUAAAUUACACAAAGACAUCAGAGUUUUUUUUUUAAUCAAUAGUGUAGCCAAAGGGGGUUUUAAGGUUCAGAUCCCUCAACCGUAAUUUUUUCUCAAAAUUAAAUUAAAUGAUCUUAAAUACCUAUUACAUUUGAAAUUAUAAAAGUUGCUAGUUAAAAAACAUGUCUUUACUUUAAAUUCCUAACAUUUUUUUGUAGCUAUAACAUUGGGUGAAAUAAAUAUUUUUCGUUGUUAUCUUUAUCAGUGAUUCGUUUCUACUGCAAUAAAAUUAACAUUUUAAAUAAACUUUUAUGUUAACAAAUCGAAUUCUCUUUCAUCAGACGAAUUGAGUUUACAAAAUAAUUUGAUAUUUAUGUAAGCAAUCGUCAAUUAUUACUCUGCGACUAUUUAAACGUAAAUAUCCUUAUGUUAUUUUCCUACAGACUGGUGAAUUUAACUGGAGUACACAGAUGCGUGAACUAAUUCAUGUUCGUUCUUUCUGGACCAUAUACCUAUACAGCUAGCCGUAGGUAUACUCAGCUCUUAGAUAGAUGGCGUAAAAAUAAUCAGUUACUGCGUCUUAAAUACUGCAAUUCUGACCAUACUCACCUCUAUGGCAGUCCUAUAUUUUACUAAUCUCUUAAUUGGUAUCAGAAUAUUCGAAGGACUGUUCGAAGUUAGUGUAAUGAUACGCGUUCUUUAUACUUUAUUUUUAAUAUAUAUAUAGUUUGCACCACUUAGGGAUUCGUCUUCCCCAGUAUUCACGUUGUGUAGCUCCACUUGAUAAAUACACUCAUUCGGGGUCAAUAACUUUUUCUAGAAGUUUUAUGGAUGUGGUGAAUUGAUAUAUAAUAUGUGAAUGGUUGGUAAACGACUACGGUUGGCCUUAUGCAUUUUAUGUACUAGUUAAAAGGUCCCAACACAAUGAUUCGUGUGAAUAAUUAAUCUUUUUUCUUAACGCUUAGGUAUCAUGGGUAUAAUAUGGUCCAUAGUUUGGUUGGUGCUUGUUGCCGAAUCUCCAAUAGAUGACAGAUACUAUAGAGGAAUUGAACUACAUUAUCAACUCAAUCAGUUAGUUUGAUUUAGAAAGUAAAUGUAUUGUUGUCAAACGCAACUUUGAUAAUUUUCUCUUUUUUUUAUUAAGGAUGAUGAUUCCUAAAAUGAGCCUUUCAGUUUUUCUCUAUUUCUAGCGUUUUCUAUUUGAAUCGUCUAGUCACUGUUCGUCUAUAUACCCUUUGUAUAUAUUAAUCUUUUUUACUUCGAUCUAUCACGCGGUAUUUUCCCUUUAUGUUUUCCUUCAUCUUUUCAGUUCUAUAGACUUAUUAAUAACCCCAUUUAUUUGUUUUCAAUAAAUUCUACAGCAAUAGGAUUUUUAAACGAUCUUCUUAAAUUUCCAUUAUGUCUUAUCUCAUAUUUUCUAGUAUUGUCUUAUUAUUAUUAUAAGUAUCAUAUAAUAUUCUAAGUACUAUUAAUAUGUAUAUGUUUAUUUUACAGUCAAUUGUUUGAUCUAUCCUUGGGUGGAUUUUAUUAUAUCCAAAUCACUAUAUGCAAUAAUAUGUGCCCACUUUGUUACAAAUUGUAUAUAAUCUACAAGCCAUUCUUUGAUCAACCAAACUACAUGAAUGGUAACUAUAAAGAUUAAAUUCUAAAAUAAUGAUAACAAUCAAAAUAUAUUUAUUUUAAUAUUCAGAAGUUUAAAAUUCUGACAUUAAAUACUCAAGUUUUUGGACUGCUGUGCCAUUUAUUUUCUUAUCCAUCAUUCUUCAUCUUGCUGAACUUUUUGCAGAUUGGCUUAGAAAGAAGAAAAAACUUGAUACUACUUUAGCACGUACUUAUAUUUUACUAAAUAUAGAUAUACAGGUAUAUACUUAUAUUUAAAAUUGUAAUAUUAAACUUUAUAGAUUAGAAAGCUCUUCUAUCGCAGUGCUUUCAUAAGUCAAUCGUUAUUCAUAUAAUCAACAGCAUAUGCCGAAACUCGACAAAAAUCUGUAGUUUAUUUAUCAAUCAUGCUAGGGCUUGGAACAUUUGCUUGGGCUGGGUUUACGUAAUUCACAACUAACUAAGAAACUUUAAAAUUACACACCUAUUCUCAUGUUUUGUAUUUUACAGUGUUAACCAUUUGGAUAUAAGUACUCAAUAUUCCAGCAUAUUAAUGGCGAUCACCAACACAGUUGCUACUAUAUCAGGUGUCUUAAACCCUGUUGUAACUAGUUAUAUCCGAAAAAAUAAAGAUAAGGAAGAGUGGACCAUGAUAUUCUCCGUUACUAGUGGUGUUUUUUUGUUUGGAGCAUUAUUUUACGGCUUAUUUUCUUCAGGUGAACGACAACCUUGGACUUCAUUUGAAACAGUAGAAAGUAGUACAAUCAUUAUAAGACGUUCAAUCAAUGAUACACUGACAACAUGAUAGAUCGAAACACAUAGAGAACAACAUUGAAUUGCAUUUUUUUCAUUUUUCUGUGUCAUAAUUAUUAUAUACAAGUA